CAGCGCAUGCGUGUAGGAGCUUGUCAUCAUGAAGCUCGAGUUGUGUAAUUUUAGUGGUUACAAGAUUUACCCAGGGCAUGGGAAACGAUACUGUAGAGUCGAUGGCAAAGCUUUCACCUUUAUAAACGGCAAAUGUGAACGCUCCUUUCUCAUGAAGCGCAAUCCGCGGGAGAUCACGUGGACAGUUUUGUACCGUCGUAAGAACAAGAAGGGAACUCAAGAGGAGACACACAAGCGGCGCACACGCCGUACAACACGCUUCCAGCGAGCCAUCCAAGGAGCGACGCUUCAAGUGAUUCAAGCCAAAAGAAACCAAACACAAGAAGUGAGAAAAGCUCAGCGAGAUCAAGCAAUUCGAGCAGCCAAGGAGAAAGCAGCAGCGAUCAAGAGCGCCAAGGCGGCACAGAAGAAAGCGCAUCCGCUGAAGGGAGCAGCAGGCAGUAAAGCAACUCCGCAGGCACAAAAAGCAACUAAGAAAGUGAAGACGCAAGCCCCGCGUGUUGGAGGCAAACGAUGAUUACUGACAGUCUAUUUUGAUGUCUAUAAAUGUGCUCAGCAAAAUACAAAUUUCAAACCCAGUCAA